CUGAAGAAGGGCAAGUCCAUCAGGGAGGCGAUGAAGGAGAGCGGCGUGCUCCACGACUACCUGGCCAAUCACCGCUACUAUGACCCUGCCUACAAGUUCUUCAGCAACUUUGCCACUGCCUAUGAGCCCCUGGCGAACAGCAUGGAUAUGUCCUAUUAUGGGGAGAUCAGCAUCGGGACCCCCCCACAGAACUUCCUGGUGCUCUUCGACACCGGCUCCUCCAACCUGUGGGUGCCCUCCACACUCUGCCAGAGCCAGGCCUGCGCCAACCACAACGAGUUCAACCCCAAUAAGUCCUCCACAUUUUCAACUCAUAAUGAGUUCUUCUCCCUGCAGUAUGGAUCCGGCAGCCUCACCGGCAUCUUCGGCUUCGACACAGUGACAAUCCAGGGCAUCUCCGUCACAAACCAGGAGUUCGGCCUGAGCGAGACGGAGCCUGGCACCAACUUUCUGUACUCUCCCUUCGAUGGCAUCCUGGGGUUGGCCUUCCCUGCCAUCUCUGCUGGUGGAGCCACCACUGUGAUGCAGAAAAUGCUGCAGGAAAACCUGCUGGACUCCCCCAUCUUCAGCUUCUACCUGAGUGGGCAGGAGGGCAGCCAAGGUGGUGAGCUCAUCCUCGGCGGCGUCAACCCCAACCUGUACACAGGGCAGAUCUUCUGGACUCCUGUCAUCCAGACCACCUACUGGCAGAUCGGGAUUGAAGACUUCACUGUUGGUGGGCAGAACGGUGGCUGGUGCAGCCAGGGCUGCCAGGGGAUCGUCGAUACGGGGACCUCCCUCCUCACCGUUCCCAACCAGGUCUUCAGUAAGCUGAUGCAGUACAUUGGAGCUCAAGCUGAUAGCAACGGCCAGUACGUGGCAAGCUGCAGCAACAUCGAGUACAUGCCCACCCUCACCUUCGUCAUCAGCGGCUACAGCUUCCCCCUGCCUCCCUCUGCCUACAUGCUCCAGAGCAACAGUGGCUACUGCACUGUUGGGAUUGAAUCCACCUACCUGCCCUCCGAGACUGGGCAGCCCCUCUGGAUUCUUGGAGAUGUCUUCCUGAGGGUCUACUACUCCAUCUAUGACAUGGGCAACAACCGCGUGGGCUUUGCCACUGCUGUGUAG